AUGAGACUCACAGCAGCUUUACUCUUCGGAACGGCCUGGGGCGCUCACCAUCAUCAACGAGAUACUACAGACAAUGGCAUCAAUCUUGGUGCAAUCUCGAGUGCACUACAGCAUAUGAUGGGCAACACAACCGUCACUGCGAACUUUGCCAACAUCUCGCCGCCACCUAGAUCGCUUAUUCCCGAGAUUCUAUCGGUCGUGCCCGUAUCCGUCAUCUGGGAACUCAUCAACCCAGCGGAACGCAGCUCCCUCGCCAGCCAAUUCAAGGCUGGUACUACUCCCGCAUGGUACGGUGCCCUUCCAUCGGAUGUGAAAGACUACAUGUCGGUGGUCAAGUCACAGAUCUCUGCGGGGGCAUUGACUGCCACGGCGUCCGAAAACAAGCCCACGGCGGCAAAUACGGGGGCUGCAGCGACAGCAACUGCGACCGAUGGCAAUUCGGGCUCGGCAAGCUCGACUUCAUCUAAAGGUGCGGCUGCACAGCCCACGGGACUGACCGUGUCGGCGUUCGGGGCGCUGGGAGUGCUGGGACUAGCACUAGCUUUGUGA